GCCCCUGACCCAGAGAUCAGUGCCCAUAACUGACAGGGAUCAGAAUGGCUCCCACCAACAGUUUCUUGGUCCACAUAGAGGAAAAACUCCUGCCGAAAGAGAAGAAUAAACUCAGGAAGCCGGUGGUGGAGAAAAUGCGCCGGGAUCGCAUUAACAGCAGCAUCGAGCAGCUGAAAGUCCUGCUGGAGAAGGAGUUCCAGAGACUUCAGCCCAACUCCAAGCUGGAGAAAGCCGACAUCCUGGAAGUGGCGGUUAGCUACCUGAAGCAGCAGAGCCAGCUGCAGGCACGAGCUUUCAGUCAGAAAAGCCCAGAGCAAGAUUUUAACACCGGAUACCUGCGCUGCCUCAAAGAAGCACUGCAUUUCCUGUCCUACUAUGAGCCUAGGAAGGAAGCUCAAGCCCAGCUGAUCAAGCAUUUCUGCAAAGCUCAAAUGAUCCCAGACAAUUCCUGCUCCCCCCCUGUGCAGAGCCCACCCCCGUCGCCCUGCCCGAUCCCCAGGAAGCACCCUACCCAGAAGACUGCUGUUGCUCCUUCCAUCUGGAGGCCCUGGUAGACUGACUUAUGGACAUGCCUUCUUUUUUUUUGUUUGCUACAAAACUAGAGGGAUCUUUAAUGGUUCCUCUUUCAAGUAGGAAACUCUGAUUUCCAAGAGGGAGGGAGGGUAUUUUUUUCUGUCAAUAGGAAUGAGGGUCUCUAAAGUAGUUUUCCUUCAUAGUGAAGGAUGGUGUUUGUAUCUUGCAGUGAAACUGCUGUUUUUAUGAGUGGCUCCAAGCUAAAAAAGGAACAAGUUCUUUGAUGCUUUACAGGGCAAAACUCCCACUGACUUCCAUCAGAGUUUUGCUUGAUAAAGCCCUCAAUGCAAUGCCCAGGGAAGUAAAUGGGAAUCUUCUCACUGUUUUCUGUGGGUAUUUAGGAGCUGCUCGGGCCCUGUAUUGGGCAGCAACCUUCUUCUAGAAGGGGUAUUUUUGAGGCUGUAUUUUGUAUCAUAAAGAAUUUUGAGUCUUUACCUUUUGAGUGAAAGAUGUGAUUCAGAAAUGCUGUUGCUUCUGAAGUUCCUGUACUAUUCUAGUAUAAUCUCUUAUGGAAAGUUAUUAUGAUAACAAAUUACUGUAGAGAAAAUUUUCUUCAUGCCCAGUGCAUAUGAAUCUCACUUGAGAGAUAAUUGAUGCCUUUUGUAAAGGAAGUACCUGAUUUGUAUUUUAAGUUAUGAGGAUGGGGUAGGGGAAGGGAAAUAAGUACUGUACAGUUCCGCACUGGACAUUUUAAAGAGAUUAGAAGCUGUUAUAAAGUUGCUGUGUUUUCUUUCUAUGGGAUGUUGAAAGUGACUUUGGUUCCUUUACUGUACAUGUCAAUAAAAUGAUUUUAUUCCUUGA